AUGAACGACCUCGAACACGCAACAAGCAGCUCCGAUCUAGCAACGUACGCAGACGACACACAGGUGUUCCAUGCCGACCGAGAAUUAGAAAAUAUUGAGAAAGUUAUCAACGAAGACUUAAAGAAUAGCGACGAAUGGUUUAAGAACAAUGACGUGACAAGGAACAAAUCAAAAUAUCAGAGCAUGGUCUUGGGCAAGAAGAAGAAAGUAUUUAACCAAGACGCCAAUCACAUUUCGAUGUGA